CUUGUUUCGGGUGGAAUCGGUUUCCAAUCAGCUCGGGUUCAGGUCCACACUUUUAGGCCGGCUUAACAGGUAGUAUCAAGAUUAGAGAUGAGAGCUUGAAUGGUGUCGGAGCAACUUCUAUAUAGUGUUUCUAUCAACUGAUAAUUAAAUACCCAUGGGGUUUGUUAAUUAUUGCGCCGGAGCCACCGCCGCCGCUUCAAGGGAGAGAAAGUCCUUGUACGCUCUUCUUUCUCUCGUCACGAUUCUCCUGCUGGCAUGCAACGGCGCCAUCUCCAUAUUCUCCCUCCGCCUCCCCUUCCCGCCGAAGACCCCGGCGAGCUUUUCCCCGGAAAACGUAGUCACCGGAAAAUCAAGAAGAGCCCUGAUCUCCGCGGCAUCUCCCCGGAAGCUGUCGCCGUCCUCGCUCAUGUACGCUGUGAAACCGGACACCCAUUUCCGGUUUUCUCGGAAAAAUCGAAACUUGGUGGCCUUCAAGAACACAGCCGCCGCCGCAUUGGCGGCGAGAAGGCGAAAGCAGAGAUCUUUGACGAUCAGAGCCAUGGGUUCUGGAUAUCGAUCGAAUCCGCAGUUCUCCACAAGAGCGAAGGGAUUUUUGCGGGAGAAUUCGUGUAAAUUAAGGUUCUUCAUGACAUGGAUAUCCUCUGUCGAGUCUUUCGGCUCCAGGGAAACAUCGGCCAUGGAGAGCCUGUUCAGAGCACACCCCACAGGUUGUCUGAUCAUAGUCUCGAACUCCAUCGAUUCAGUCAAAGGAAAGAGAAAAAUCUUAAAGCCCUUCUUGGAAAAGGGGUUAAAAAUCACAGCUUUGGCCCCGGACUUCAACUACCUGUUCAAGAACACCUCAGCACAGGGCUGGUUUGACCGGCUAACGAAGGGGGACGUAAAUCCCGGGGAGAUUUCCAUAGGUCAAAACCUCUCGAACCUUCUCCGACUCGGUUUACUGUACCGGUUCGGAGGGGUUUACGUCGACACGGACGUGAUAAUACUGAAGAGUUUCUCGGGCCUGAGGAACGUGAUCGGGGCCCAGACUAUGAAUCUGGAGACUGGAAACUGGAGCAGGCUGAACAACGCGGUGAUGGUUUUCGACAAGGGGCAUCCCCUGGUCAGGAAGUUCAUCGAGGAGUUCGCUCUCACCUUCGACGGGAACAAGUGGGGCCACAACGGGCCCUACCUGGUGUCGAGGGUGGUGGCAAGGGAAGGGUGCGGGGGCGCGACGGUUCUGCCCCCGGGGGCGUUUUAUCCGGUGGGUUGGGGGAGAAUCGGGGGCCUUUUUGAGGGCGGGAGAAACGAGACGCAUGUGAACUGGGCGGCGGAGCGGGCGGAGGAGAUAAGGAUGGGGAGUUAUGGGGUGCAUUUGUGGAACAAGCAGAGUAGGAGGAUGGAGAUUGGGGAAGGGAGUAUUGUGCAGGUUUUGAUGAGGGGUACUUGCGUCUUUUGCAAUUCAUCUUCUCCGUAACGUUAUAAUCAUGGGUGUACGUACGUACGUGUUUAUAUAUAGGAUCGAUAGAUAAAUAAGUAAGCAUGCAUGGA